GUGCACUGUUUCUUCUGAUUCUCAUGUAAUACAGAAGACUGUGAGCAAGAACCAUGGCUUCCGAGUUAGAGAAUCUAAAUCCAAGUGCCAGAAUAAUGACAUUCCGUCCUACUGCAGAAGAGUUCAAAAACUUCAGUCGUUACAUUGCAUACGUAGAAUCCCAAGGAGCUCACAGAGCUGGACUGGCAAAGAUUAUUCCUCCCAAGGAAUGGAAACCACGUGGGUGCUAUGAUGAUAUUGAUGAACUAAUCAUCCCUGCUCCUAUUCAGCAAGUGGUUACUGGCCAGUCAGGACUUUUCACACAAUAUAACAUCCAGAAGAAAGCCAUGACAGUUCGAGAGUUCAGAAGGAUAGCAAAUAGUGAUAAGUACUGCACACCUCGCUAUACCGAGUUUGAAGACCUUGAACGCAAGUACUGGAAGAACCUUACAUUCAAUCCCCCAAUCUACGGUGCUGAUGUUAAUGGCACACUCUAUGACAAGCAUAUAGAUCAGUGGAAUAUCGGCCAUCUGAAUACAAUUCUGGAUAUAGUGGAGAAUGAGAGCGGCAUUACCAUUGAGGGGGUGAAUACUCCUUAUCUCUAUUUUGGGAUGUGGAAAACUUCCUUUGCUUGGCACACUGAGGACAUGGACCUCUACAGCAUCAACUAUCUGCAUUUUGGAGAGCCCAAGUCAUGGUAUUCCAUUCCUCCAGAACAUGGGAAGCGGCUAGAACGUCUUGCUAAAGGGUUCUUUCCUGGAAGUGCCCAGAGCUGUGAAGCUUUCCUCCGUCAUAAGAUGACCCUGAUCUCUCCAUCGAUUUUGAAGAAAUAUGGCAUCCCUUUUGAUAAGGUGACCCAAGAGGCAGGCGAAUUCAUGAUAACCUUUCCUUAUGGAUAUCAUGCUGGCUUCAACCAUGGCUUCAACUGUGCUGAAUCUACUAACUUUGCCACUCUCCGGUGGAUUGAGUAUGGAAAACAGUCUAUUCUGUGUUCAUGCCGAAAGGACAUGGUCAAAAUUUCCAUGGAUGUUUUUGUGAGGAAAUAUCAGCCAGAUCGCUACAAGCUUUGGAAGACAGGGAAAGAUGUGACCGCCAUUGACCACACUCUUCCAACACCAGAGGCAGCUGAAUUCUUCAAAGGAGACAUCUUCCAUAAAUUUAGGAAGCCACGUUCUGAGGAAACUGAACCAGAAGAAGAAUGCAAAGCAGACAUGGAUGAGAACAGGAAUUUGCCCAAGCACCGCAUUGGAACCAAGCGUCACCGUGUCUGCUUGGAGGUGCCCCAAGAAGUGAGCCAAAGUGAGGCCUUCCCCAAGGAAGAGCUGGUUCCAGUGCAGUUUGAGAUGGAUGUGGCAGAGCCUCCAGUUGGGCCUGCUAGAGAGCCAGUGCAGCAAGGGGACCAAGGACUGGCACCUUCAGAAUAUGCAGAUCUCUCAGAAGUAAAGUUUGAAGAACUAAAAAAUGUGAAGUUAGAUGAAGAGGAAGAAGAGCCUGAAGCAGCUGUUUUGGAUCUUUCUGUUCCUCACUCCAUGUCUUCCACCUUGGCCCAGUCUGCUCUGAAACAGAGUCCAGUUUCCAGCCAUUCUGGCUCUCCAUUGUGUUCUGGUUCUUCAGAUUGUGAACCCACUGACCUCCCAAGGCAGGCUUUUGAGCAAGCUGAGGUUCUGACUGUGCAUAGCUACGCUAAAGAAGAAGAAAAUGGCAUGGACAAUGGGCAGGCCUCUGGGAAGAAAACCAGUGCUGCAGCAAGCAUGAAUGAACAGGAACUUGCAAAGAUGGCAAAGGAGUACAUAAGGUCAGUGAAAGAUCGCAAGAAGUCAAAAGGGCGUCGCCAGCCUUUGAGCAAACUCCCACGUCAUCACCCACUAUUGAUGAAAGAUGGCCUCAGUGAUGAUGAGACGUCAGAGCAGCUGACGCCAGAAGAAGAAAUUGAGGAAACAGAGCCAUGGGCAAAGCCUCUCAGUCAGUUAUGGCAAAAUCGCCCUCCAAAUUUUGAGGCAGAAAAGGAGUAUAAUGCAGCUAUGGCACAGCAGGCCCCCUACUGUGCAGUCUGCAUGCUCUUCCAGACCUACCAGGCAGAUUGUGGAGGCCAGAGCUCUCAGGCAACUCCAGAUGCUCCUGAUGGGAAGAUGAGAACAAAACCCCUGAUUCCUGAGAUGUGCUUUACUACCACUGGCUGCAGCACAGAUGUCAGCCUUUCCACACCUUACUUGGAGGAAGAUGGCACCAGCCUUCUGGUCACCUGCAAGCGCUGUCGAGUCCGUGUGCAUGCCAGUUGUUACGGAGUAGCACCUGAGAAGGCAUCUGAGGACUGGAAGUGUUCCCGAUGCAAAGCUAAUGCUUUAGAGGAGGAUUGCUGUCUGUGCUCACUUCGAGGAGGUGCACUUCAAAAAGCCAAUGAUAACAAGUGGGUCCAUGUUAUGUGUGCUGUGGCAGUUCUGGAGGCCAAGUUUGUGAACAUUGCAGAUCGCAGUCCAGUAGAUGUCAGCAAAAUACCUCUGCAGCGCUUCCGGCUGAAAUGUGUUUUCUGCAAAAAACGCCGGAAGAGAAUUGCUGGCUGCUGUGUGCAGUGCUCUCAUGGACGAUGCCCUACAUCCUUCCAUGUCAGCUGCGCUCAAGCAGCUGGAGUUAUGAUGCAGCCAGAUGACUGGCCUUUUGUGGUCUUCAUUACCUGUUUCAGGCAUAAGAUCCCAUCCCAAGCAGAGCGAGCCAAGGCUGCUCUGCAGGAUCUGGCCGUGGGGCAGGCAGUGAUCAGCAAGCACAAGAAUGGGCGUUUCUACCAAUGUGAGGUGGUCAAUCUGACCAAGGAAACUUUUUAUGAGGUCAACUUUGAUGACGGAUCCUUCAGUGAUAACCUGUACCCAGAAGACAUUGUGAGUCGAGAUUGUCUCCAGCUGGGUCCCCCACCUGAAGGGGAUGUCGUUCAAGUGAGAUGGACAGAUGGUGAGGUCUAUGGAGCCACAUUUGUGGCCUCGCAUGUCAUCCAGAUGUACCAGGUGGAGUUUGAAGAUGGAUCCCAACUGAUGGCAAAGAGGGAUGAUGUGUACACACUCGAUGAAGAGCUUCCCAAGAGGGUCAAAUCGAGGCUGUCUGUUGCCUCCGACAUGCGUUUCACAGAGAUCUUCACAGAGAAGGAAGUCAAACAAGAGAGAAAAAGACAGAGGGUGAUCAACUCCCGCUACCGUGAGGAUUACAUUGAGCCUGCACUGUACCGGGCCAUUAUGGAGUAACAGCCGGCAACAGGAUUGCAUUGCCCACCUCCUAGGUGGAUCCUCGCACUCCAGGACAGCAGAGGCCAAACAGACGGUCU